ACAGGGGAGCACGGCUGGCCCGUGGAUUACUGGGGCCAGAAAAGCAGGAAGUCCAGAUGAAGCGACAUAGGAAAAUAAGCCAUUGCUAUAUACUGGUCGGAGUCUGCACGGAGGCCCGUGCACAGACGAGAAGCGCUAGCCCCCGCGAGGGCAGAGCCUGGCAGGGAGCGGAGGAAGUCCGGGGCGGGGCAGGGCAGGGCGGCGGCAGUUCCGGGCGGCGAUGGAGCGGGCGCUGCUGGGCCUGGCCCACGGCUCCACGCUGGUGCUGUGCGCUCUGCUCAAGCUGCCGCAGCUGCGCGCCGUGCUGGCCGCCCGCUCUGCCCGCGGCCUCAGCCUGCACAGCCUGGCGCUCGAGCUGGCCGGCUUCCUUGUCUUUCUGAGAUACCAGAUUUACUAUGGCUACCCCCUGCUGACUUACCUGGAGUACCCCAUCCUCGUUGCACAAGAUGUCAUUCUCUUGUUGUGUGUUCUGCAUUACAGUGGAAAGAUGGAGCAUGUUUUGCCUUACAUUGCCAUAUUUGUAGGGGGUUGGUACCUUCUAACGCUGCAGAAGUGGAUAAUAGACUUGGCAAUGACAGCUGUCCUCUCUUGGUGUCCUCCUCUGCAGAAUUUGUGCACAUUAAUCAGUGCAGCCAGUAAACUUGCUCAGCUGCGUUGCCUGUGGCAGACAAGAGAUUCUGGACAAGUGAGUGCCCUAACCUGGAGUAUGUCUGCAUUCACCUGUGCAACAAGAAUAUUUACAACUGUAAUGACCACAAAUGAUCUUAUGGUUCUUGUCCGUUUUGUGAUUAUGCUAGUUCUCAACAUAUGGGUCACAACUACAAUACUCCGCUACAGGAAGACUGAAAAGACAGAUUAGAAGACCAGUUCUCCACAGCAUAUGGCACGUGUGCUAACAAACCCCACAGUGAAAUCUGAACAGCGGACCACAGUUCCAGGCAGUCUUCUUCCUCCAAGUUUGUCUCGUAUAUCCCUAAAGAUAUUGAACCCAACUUGGCUAGGUUUUUAUUACCAGUAAUACUAAUAGUAAAAUACACUUCAGUUGAGCAGUAUGUUUUUAUUGGUCACUUGCAGCAAGUUUUACUUACCGUAUUUGGGAUUUUUUAAUUGAUAUUUUAUACAUUCAUAUAUCUAUUUUUGUAACUCCACAAUACUUUUUACUGAUUAAAAAUAACACUUUUCAGUUUCCUUUCUAUGUGCAGAGUGGAAUUGUCUCCACACAGUUCAUCCUCUUUCUGCAUCUCAUGAGUAGUGGCCCUGACAGCAGACUUUUCUCUUUACAUUGGUAGACCUCUCUCAUGAUCUUACCCCUCUCUCUACGAUCAGUAGUAAUUAGAGGUUAGCCAUGUGCACAAGGUAAACAAAUAGAGACAGACGGCAGUGUCCUUACACUGCAUUGGUUUGUAUAGCUGACACCUGAAGCAGAAGCAGUAUAGCUGCAUUUACAAAGCAUACAGCACUAUGGUUCAGCAUUCAGGAUUGAAGCACCUAUGAGUAUUUCAAAUGCACACUUUAUCCAAUUAAGAAGUCUAGAUCAACCCACACAACACCUGCAGAUAUCACUCAUUUCAAGUUACUCUUUGUCUAAAUAAAAAUGACUACAUUUCAUUCUUUUAUUGGCUUUCCAAGCCUAUAACUGUAACCCCCCACUUGCUGACUGGUGCUUUUCCCCCUCUAAUGCUGGUUAAAACAUUUGUAGAGGCUGACAAGCAUGCUACAGCUUUGACUUGGCUGAGAUCAAUAGUAGAGACUCAUGUUUUAAGAUCCACAAGUUCUAAAUUUGAUCUUUGCUGCUGAUGGACUCACCUCAUUCAGAGUGUAACAUGACUUGCGUAUGUCAGCUCUGCUGUACUGAAUUAUUCUAUAAGCCUCACUGUAUUGUGGGAUGUGAAAACUGCACUUGAAUUUUACUUCAGACAUUCCAAUUAUAACUUGGGUUUGUGGUGAAACAAAACAGCAGGUUUAUUAAAAACAAAAAAUGUAUUUUAAAUAAUGGCAUUGGCUUAUGACUGUUGGAAAUACUAUGUAUGCUUUUUUUAACUGGCAAUUGUUAUAUAUUACUCAUAUAUAAAACUUACUUUAUUUUUCCACCAUGUUCUUCUUGUGGAAAACAGCGCCUUCCCUAAAAAGUUUUCACUGUAAACCUAUCUUAUUAAACUGCCAGUAGUGAAAUCUUGGCCCCACUAAAGAGGCCUCUCUCCCCUGCUUUAUUUCAGUAGGGCCAUGAUUGUGUCCCAGUAUGUCAAAUCACAGUACCAUACAGCAACUGGAUCUGCAGAUGUGGACCCUUUUAAGUAUAAUCCCAUUGACUUAGUUCUGUGCAGAGCUGAGGAUUUUGCUUGUUCAUGCCAGACUGCAGGAUCAGGGCCUUAAUACCAGAAAGCAUAGAUGAGUUUAAGUAGCCUCCACCAACCUUACAAAAGUGGCAUUCCAAUACACCUCCAUGUAUUUUGAAGUAAACAUUACUUGAUAUUGACUUAAUGGAGCACAAUACAGAUUUGUUUAGUUUUAAUAGUCUAUACAGACAUUCAAGAUGUCUAAAUGUUGGCUAUGUCAAAAGUAACUGAAAAAAGUAUUUAAUUUUAUACUGCUAGGUUCAAGCUGUGUAAAACACUGUAAAUAUCUAAAUUUGGUGGCAUGAGUGGUCUUUUUUAGACAUUUAUAUCAAUAUUGAUAAUAAAAGAGUCUUAUUCAUGUAAUGCAAAAUAAACAAGUUGCUUUUU